AGGAGGACGCCCGGAAGGAAGAUUCGGCCUCCUCUACCGGAAGUGUGGCAGAUUCGCGGCGGAGACGACGCAGCCAUGGCGGCGGCCUACGAUCAAGUCCAGAAAGGGCCGCUGAAGCUGAAAGGCGUCGCGGAGCUGGGCGUGACCAAGCGGAAGAAGAAGAAGAAAGAGAAGGACAAGGAGAAGCUGCUGGAAGCGAUGGGUACGAGCAAAAAGAGCGAGGAGGAGAAGCGGCGCGGCCUGGACAAGCGGACCCCGGCGCAGGCAGCCUUCGAGAAGAUGCAGGAGAAGCGGCAAAUGGAGAGGAUCCUGAAGAAGGCUUCCAAGACUCACAAACAGAGAGUGGAGGACUUCAACCGGCACCUGGACACACUGACUGAGCACUAUGACAUUCCCAAAGUCAGCUGGACCAAGUAGCCCACAGUGUUGUGGCUGGGAUUCCAAGGUGCCCUGCACUGGCUGCGCUGUGACCCCUCUGGAAGAUGAUUAAAGCAGCCACCUCACUUUCGAGUCUCAGCCAUGGGGGUAUCAGUGCGAAGGGAUGUGCAAGAGGCCAGACUCUGGCCUGGACCCAUUGGGCCACCUGGCCCCUGGGUGAUGGUGACAGCAGGAUGGGCCUGUCUCCUGGAGCCAGGGUCCUACUCUUCCCAUCGCUGAGGCAUGUAGGAUAGACACGUUGUUCUGCAGGAACCAGCAUGGGCUGGGGGCUUGGAGGUGCAGGAUGGGACAAAGCCAGGAGCCGCACAGGGGACAGUGCAGGUGCUGCAGCCGCCUGUCCCCCAAGCAGAUGGCAGCACAAUGAGGGCGGGAGAAAGGAGCAGGUCGGAUGUGGAAUAAAGUGGAGCAUUGGGA